CAAAUAUUUUGAUUUAUUCACCUUAAAACAUUUAAAAAGAAAAGAUAAAAAAGAUACAAAACUUUUAAACACGUGGCGUAACAAGGAUAAGGUAUCGAAGACCUUCUUCAUCUGACAUUGGGUAUAUAUAUGCCGAUAUGGUAGACUUCUCAAUAUCUCCUUACCUCUCCCAAUUUCCAUAUCUCUCACUUUUUUGCUCAUACUCCAGUAAACAAGUCAAUAUGGAUCUCGUUGAUAAUACGCUCGAUGAACAAAGAUUGCCAUUUACUCCGUCGUGGUUCCCCCCAUCACCAGAAGCAUUUCCUUCAAUAAUUGAGCUUCUACAAGACCCUAUGACGGCAGAAAUUGAGAACUUUGAUGGAAUAUUCUCUACUCCUGCAAUAAGCGAGGCUAUUCCCUCUACGAGUACACAACCGAGUGUAGUCCCAUGUCCAGAGUUAUCAACAAUGCCUCAAAAUCCACCUGACAUGCAACAACAAGAACCACUGGGUGAUUCACAUGGACAUUUACAACAAUCUGAUCAACAGGAUUUAUUAAAUCCAAACAUGCUGAAUUCUUAUCAAGAGCCAGUCGUUUCUACAACACAGCAGCAGCAACAACAACCCAUUUUACAUGGAUCAUUAGAACAAUCUGAUCAACAAGGUUUAUUAAAUCCAAACAUGAUGUCUUCUGAGCCAGGUGUUUCUACAUUGCAACAACAAUUACUAUGCAAUUCAGCUGGAUAUUUGCAACAAUCUGAUCACCAAGGUUUAUUAAGUCCAAACAUGCUGGAUUCUUUUCAUGAACCUGAUGUUUCUACAAUGCAGCAACAAGCACCACCAUUAUACAAUUCACAUGGAUAUUUACAACAAUCAGAUCAACAAUAUUUAAUGAAUCAAAACAUGAUGAAUUCUUUUCAAGGGCCAGAUGUUUCUACAACGCAACAACAACAAUUGCUGUGCAACUCACAUAGGUAUGUACAAGGAAACUUAUCAAACAUACAAUCAGAUCAGCAAUACUUAUCGAAUCAAAACGCGACAAAUUUAUUUCAAGAACCAAAUAAUUCUACAAUGAUCGAUAUUGGUCAACAAAUCGAAGAAGGAAACAAUGGAUAUGCACAUCAACCAUUGAUUGAUCAUUUUGAGUUACCAAAUCAUCAUCAGGAGCAGUCUCUAUCAGUACCAAUAUCACAAAAUUACCUGUCAUAUCCGGCAUACGAACAUGGUCCAAUUGGUUCACAUUUUAACAUGUACGGCCAGCAACCACCUCCGAGAGUUUCAACUCACAGAGAAGAAGGACAUCCCCCCCAAUGGAUAGUUACAGACUUGGCCAGAAAUUAUCCUAUACAAAAUCAAAAUCCUACGACCAUUUCCCGACCUCAAAUGCCGUCAAGGUCUACCAGUACUUAUCCUCUCCAAAAUCAAAUUUCUAUGAUUCCUCCACAAUCUCAAAUGACAUCGAGUUCCACUAGGAUUUAUCCUCUUGAAAAUCAAAUUUCUAUGUUUCCUCCACAAACUCAAAUGGCAUCGAGCUCCACUAGGAUUUAUCCUCUUGAAAAUCAAAUUUCUAUGUUUCCUCCACAAUCUCAAAUGACAUCGAGCUCCACUAGGAUUGAUCCUCUUGAAAAUCAAAUUUCUAUGUUUCCUCCACAAUCUCAAAUGACGUCGAGCUCCACUAGGAUUUAUCCUCUUAAAAAUCAAAUUUCUAUGUUUCCUCCACAAUCUCAAAUGACAUCGAGCUCCACUAGGAUUUAUCCUCUUGAAAAUCAAAUUUCUAUGUUUUCUCCUCAAUCUCAAAUACCAUCGAGCACUACUAGAACUUAUCCUUUAGAUACUCAAAUUUCUGUGAUCCCUCCUCAACCUCAAAUGCGGUCGAGGUCCACCAGAAGAAGGACUUAUCUUCGACAAAAUCGAACUUCUAUGACCUCUUCUCAACUUCAAAUGCCAUCGAGCUCUACCAGGCAUCAUCAUGGCAACGUGCAAGAUUUGGUAAGUCAGUCUCUGUCGAACUUUAGGUGCCCUCAAGUAGGCACUUCUAGCCAAAUACGUCCAUGCACAAACUCAUUCACUACUCCCAUACAGAGCAGUAGUGUUCUGGGGCGUCGACAAAGAAGUUAUCAAAAUCACUUUGAGAAUGGAGAAUCAUCAUCGGCUGCUCAACUAAUGAGGAUAGUCUCGGCAGAAAGAAAUGUUGAUUCAAAUGCAGCCAAUCCUGCUGAACCAAGGAUACAAAAUGGAUUAUAUAAUCCAAGAUAUGAAAGCCUCGGUUUAGCUAUCGAUCCCUUCUUGAGAAAAUUCCAUUUUCAACGUUAACAAAUUCUUAAAUUUAGCUUUUUAUUUUAUUCAUCAUUAUAUUACAACUUUUUUGUGGUUUAAUCUUGAUGUAUUUUUUAAUUCUAUCAAUAAAUAAGAAAAUUGGAUACUAUUUCAAGCUUAUUAUAAUCAUUCAUCCUUCAUAUUUAUUUAUUUUUCCUUAAUCUUUACUCUAGUGAUUUAGAAGAGAACAGAUGGUUUCAUUGUAAAAUUCAUAAAUUUGAGAUUCAUCGUACCAAUCCUCCUUAAACAAUAAAACUCAUUGCCCCUAGACUCUAAACCUUAACUGAUCACGAGUGUGGCCAUGAUUUGCAUGAUCUAGACAAGAGUGAGUAUAAAUGCUUAGUGCGGACGUUUAUUUUCGUCCAAAUGCAACACAAAGCGAUGAAGGAUUUCUUAUAUGUUUUUUUUUGGUUAAAAUAUACAAUUUAUUGCUCAACAAAACGAAUCGUUCUCACCUUGCGCCGCCUGGUCUUCAACGUUGGUGUAGGGUCAAGCGGCGAAGCGGGAGCGGACUGUCUUCCUUCUCCGGCUGAGGUGAGGUGUGGUAGAUCUGUUUCUCGGUGCGAAGCGGUGGCGAAUUUCUCGGCGGUUUUUGAGUGUUUCUCCGAUGGGUUUGCUUCUGGUUUGAGGACGCCGGAGGAGCCAUGGAGAAGCCUCUACCGGCUUGACCGUUUGUGUUUGCAGCUGUGCUUCGUGGCGGAAGCUGAGAAGAAGAUCGGUGGGUCCUCGGCUUGUUAGGUGGUUUACGGCAGAUCCGUUUCUGGAUCUGUGAUGGCUUGUCUCGGAGGUCGGCGGUUGAAGGUUUUGUUUGAGCCAACUUCUUUCUCCGCUGCCGAGAGAGGUGUCCACCUGACCGGUUUGAAGGUUGGUGUCGUCUGUUGGGAUUUGCUUGUUGUCGGAGCUGGAGGAUUAGGGUUAGCUUUGUGUUCUCUCUUUUUGCUUGGUAGGGGAUUAGAGAGUCUAGGUAUCGGUUGUCUGUGGGUUGAUUUACUCCGGGAGGUUUGCUCCGGGUCUGGCUUGUCGGCGAAAUCGGCUUGCGGUCGGAUUCGUUUACUCCGGCUAAAAGUCUCGGUUUCGUCGGCGUAGCUGCAAAGGAGUCAGCCUUGUAAACGCCGGGAAUGGUAAAUGGGAUCCACUGUUUCCGUUAAACCGUCCAAGGCAGAUCUGAGAUUCCGGUGAUGUCGCCGGCUAAUUUUGACGUUUUGUAAUCGUGGUUUUCGUUUUGGCCCAAAGCCAAAAAAAAGCCCAUUUGGGAUGAAAUAAAAAUUAAA